AUGGAACCCAUCAGAAUGACAACCAUUGAAACUGAAAGACCUCACCUCAUGGAAUUGGAUGCUCUUUGCGAGUACGAAGAAGACCUUAGGGACACAGCGGAAGAUCUGUGGAAACGUAACGUCUCCAAGGCCCUAAUCAGACAGAGGACUAAGAAGGAAAUGAUGGAGAGGAUAGAAGAAAAAAAGCAGGAACGACUCAUCGCCUAUGUGCGCAACCGCAGAACGACCAGCUAUGGUCUAAUUUCCGACGGACGUUCCGACGAUGUGAGCAUGGGUACCUUGACCCACGAAGAGACAAAGGUUGUUCUGGCCAGAAUGCGCAGCCUCUUCAAGGACGACCACCAAGUAGCCCUGCAAAUUAGCCAGGCGCUUGAUGGCAAUCCGGCCGUUUGUACAAAAAUGAAAGUGUAUGUGGGACAGGGGAUCGACUAUCAGCGUUUUCUAGCGUCUGUGUUGACCCCUGACUGGCUCUUCCUCUAUCUCUCGAUGCACUUCGGCUCUGAACAAGAGGUAAUGGCUCUUUUGGAGGUUUAUCGGACUGCCGAUCCCGAAUCUGCUGAAGCCAAAGAUGCCAUUGCCAGGUUAAAGAAAGCAACGAAGGACAUAGAAAUAGUCAAGAACUUCCUGGAUCUUUUUACGCCACUUGUUCAGACGCUUGCGGAGGCUCUUUCCCUCGUGUUUCCAAGCCUGGAAGAAGCGAAGAAUUUCGUGAGACGAGCCCUAGGUGGUGACACCAUGGCCAUCCAAAAGAUCUUGAAUGUGACAGGAGUGGACGCAGAGGACCUGGAGGCUGUUUUGGAUACUGUCAAAAGAUGUAGAGAUUAUCAGUGUGCCGUUCUAUGCGCUGGACUACAGAAACACAUAGCGGAACGUUUGGUGAGUGUCAGUCUUUUUCAAAAUAAGAAGUAA